GCCCGAAUCCUUCUUCAACCUUCUACUGUCUGUAGGGGCACCUUCAACCAGGUCUGCGGUGCACUGGAAGUGGCUUGCUUUGCUGUAAAGAAUAAGCGGAAAUAACACUUUAACAUAGAUACAAUGUCCUUCCUGACUGUCAGCAGGCUAGCACCUAAACUCCUCAAUUCAAAGAAUGCCACUUACUUAUUUGUGGCUGCCAGAAAUGCCAGUGCGUCAACAACAAAUCUGAAGGAUGUUCUGGCAGACCUCAUCCCAAAAGAACAGACCAGGAUCAAGAACUUUAAACAACAAUAUGGAAAAACUAACAUAGGUCAGAUUACUGUUGACAUGGUCUAUGGAGGUAUGAGAGGGAUGAAGGGUUUGGUAUAUGAAACCUCUGUUUUGGAUCCUGAAGAGGGCAUCCGCUUCAGGGGCUACAGCAUUCCAGAGUGUCAGAAGUUGCUGCCUAAAGCUCCAGGAGGAGAGGAGCCACUUCCUGAGGGCCUCUUCUGGCUGCUGGUCACAGGACAGGUGCCCACUGAAGAGCAGGUGAACUGGGUGUCCAAAGAGUGGGCGAAGAGAGCAGCACUCCCCUCUCAUGUUGUCACCAUGCUGGAUAAUUUCCCCACAAACCUACACCCCAUGUCUCAGUUCAGUGCUGCUAUCACAGCUCUGAACAGCGAGAGCAGCUUUGCACGGGCCUACUCUGAGGGAGUCCACAAGUCCAAGUACUGGGAGUUUAUCUACGAAGACUCCAUGGACUUGAUUGCUAAGCUACCCUGCAUUGCCGCUAAGAUCUACCGUAACCUGUAUCGUGAAGGCAGCAGCAUCGGAGCCAUUGACUCCAACUUGGACUGGUCCCACAACUUCACUAACAUGCUGGGCUACACUGAUGCCCAGUUCACUGAGUUAAUGAGGCUCUACCUUACCAUCCACAGUGAUCAUGAAGGAGGCAACGUCAGUGCCCACACCAGCCACUUAGUUGGGAGCGCCCUGUCUGAUCCCUACCUGUCCUUCAGUGCUGCCAUGAAUGGUCUGGCCGGUCCUCUGCACGGCCUGGCCAAUCAGGAAGUGCUGGUGUGGUUGACUGCCCUGCAGAAGGAGCUGGGAGGAGAGGUGUCUGAUGAAAGGAUGAGGGAUUAUAUCUGGAACACACUCAAGUCUGGAAGGGUGGUGCCAGGCUAUGGCCAUGCCGUCCUGAGGAAGACUGACCCACGUUACACCUGCCAGCGCGAGUUUGCCCUGAAACAUCUGCCCAGUGAUCCCAUGUUUAAGUUGGUUGCACAGCUAUACAAGAUUGUACCCAAUGUGCUCCUGGAACAGGGCAAGGCCAAGAACCCCUGGCCUAAUGUGGAUGCUCACAGUGGAGUGCUUCUGCAGUACUAUGGAAUGACAGAGAUGAACUACUACACCGUACUUUUCGGUGUGUCUCGGGCUCUUGGCGUACUGGCUCAGCUGGUGUGGAGUAGAGCCCUGGGCUUCCCCUUGGAGCGCCCCAAGUCCAUGAGCACAGAUGGACUGAUGACUCUGGUUGGAACCAAAUCAGGCUGAGGCACCACCUGAAAGGAGCUGGGGGUUAGUGUUAAGGGUGGGAGGAUGUGGAAAUAUCGAAAGGCAGACAUCAGUUGACCCUCUGUCAUUUCCAACCCCAGGGAUUUAAUGGGAUUCAAAGAGACAGUACGCUUUUAAUGUUAUUUCACAAAAGAAGGGCCUUUUAAAUUGUCACACCAUUAGUGUUGAAAUGUGUUUAGUUAACCACUGAAAAGUUUUCCCAUCAUGUCUGCAUCUUUGGAACAUGAGAGGUACAAACUAAAGGCUCACAUACAUAUAACACCCUCGUAGGCUCAAAUUAAUGUACCGGUCUACAUCUCAAAGAUUUCCCCAGGGCAUUGCCUGUGUGUUUCUCAUUGAAUGCUGAGUCUGAAAUAAGAGUGGGCAGUGGCAUUCAAAAGGAAUUGUGGGAGUGAACUACACUUCCUUUGUAUUUGUUAAAAGCUCUACUAAAUCAUUUGCUGCUUUUGGCUAAUUGAUUUUUUUUUAAAGAUGGUAUUCCCAAUCAACAGACCAUCAAAUAAAACUCAACUUUUUUUUCUUCUAUGCAACCUUAUCAUCCCAUCAAGUUAGUCCGUGCAUUUCACUCCCAUGAUGAAACACUCCAGUUUUGAAAAACAAAAGGUCCUAAGUUAUCAUUUUGCAAUCUAUUCAGAAAAAUAUUCCAAAGCAAGAAGUCAGUUAAAAGAUACUGCCCCUUUAAAUCUUUAAUUUCCUCCUUUUCUCCAACUUUUUUUUUUCUUUUUAAAGAUGACCUGUAUUACCUCUAUGAUCAAAAUAAGUCUUGUCUGUAUAAUUUUUUUUUUCUUUCCUUUAAACUUUUCUAUUUUAAAGAGUCUUUGCUCAAAGGGUCUUAAGAAUAGUAGAGAAUCAAGAAUAAUGUACAGUAACAAAACUAAUUUGAGCAAAGGGUGAUGUAAUUGGCAGCCUGUGGCGAAUCCUUAAGAGCAAGCUUGAAUAAAAAGUGAGAUUGGGGGACUUGGUAGUUGCCCUGUUAUAUUGAAAUGUUGAAGUUCACCCCCAUUAAAGAGCGCUUUAAACAUGACAUACUCCAAAAUGAGUACUUGCUUGAUUCGGUUUUACUAAUUUGUAGCAAUAAAAUCAUCCGGGGUUGAUUGCGUACUUUCUACCAAGGUCAUUUUUCUGUGUUGAAUAUGUAUAAAACUAUAGUCUUUGCUUUCUCAUUUUGUGGUUUUAUUUAUACUUUGUGUACAUAGGUAUAUAUAUGUAUAGCUUGAAUGUAUGAGCUCUAUGUGAUCAUCUGCUUGUGAUAACCACAAUGAGCAACACAGUUUACCUACACUGCAUAGUGUCCAGUCUCGAUGCAACGCUCACUCACUGGUCACCGAGGAAUUCUGACAACGAACAAAAAAAUAAUAAAACAAGAAAAUCUGCAGCUAUAUUGUACAGUUUCUCACCGAGCUUUGUUGACUUAGCUGGUGCUGCUUUCAAGGUGUUUCACUUGAAUGUUUCAAGCUUGCUUUUAAGUUCUAGGUUUGUCAACACUCCAUGUUUGUGUCGUUUAAGUUCUUGCUUCUCCCCCUCUCCAAAUAGUCCGUUUGCUUUGUUUAGUCGGUAGAUCAGACAGGUUUUUGAUUCGCUCUGCUCGUUUCCGUCUUCUCUCUGCGUUCAUCAGGCAUGUCUUUGUUUUAUUGCGUUCUUCCAUGCGGCCGGCUUGUUGGAGAGAUGGGGUUAUUUUGAUCGUAGAGGAGCAUAAAGGUUGUAUAUAUAUAUGGGAAAAUUUAUCGUAGAAAGAUUUCAUUGGAGAAAUACUUAGGGGAUGGGGCUGGAUGGGUCAAGUGGGCAAGAGAAGUACUUCAUGAAAAACCUAACAAAAAAAAAAGAAAAAUAAAGGUUUUUAUUAACA